AUGUCCGUGAGAUACUUGCCCAACAUCAUCAUCACCGGCACCCCGGGGUGUGGCAAGACGUCCCACGCCCAGCUGCUCGUGCUGCAACUUGCCGGUGACGUCCCCAGCACCGUCCCCGAGGGGAAGAAUCAGUGGCACCACUACGCCGUGUCCGACGAAGCCAAAGCUCGCGGGUGCAUCGACCUGUACGACGCCCGCCUCGACACCCUGGUCGUCGACGAAGACAAGUUAUUGGACUCGCUCGAGCCCGACAUGCGCAAGGGCGGCGCCAUCAUCGACUGGCAUUGCUGCGAGGUGUUCCCCGAACGGUUGAUCGACCUCGUGGUGUGCUUGCGGUGUGACAACCAGUUGUUGUACGACCGGUUGAAGAAACGUGACUAUAGCGACGUCAAGAUCCAGGAGAACUUGGACUGCGAGAUCAUGGAGGUGGUCGCCCAGGAGGCCCGCGACCUGUACGUCCCCGACAUCGUCAUCGAGUUGACGUCGAACACCGCCGACGAAAUGGACGACAACUGCGACCGCAUCGGCCAGUGGGUGCAACAGUGGAUUGCCGACCACCCGGAGGGGGUCACCAACGAGUUGCAAGGCGACCACGCCAGCGACGACAGCGACGACGACGAGUAG